UAGAAACAUGUCAACAGCAACUUUUAUAGAUAUCAUCUUGGCAAUUAUCCUUCCUCCUCUUGGAGUUUUUCUCAAGUUCGGUUGUCGGGUGGAAUUCUGGAUCUGUCUAGUUCUUACAUUCCUAGGAUACUUACCUGGUAUCAUCUAUGCUAUCUUUGUCAUCACAAAGUGAUGAUGAUGAUGCCUCCUUGCGACACCAUCCAGUUUGAUUUAGUUCAGUAUUCCGGUAUGCAGCUCAGAAAAAUAAAAAUAAAAAAUUACUCGUGAACUAGUAUUACCUGCGUGUGGGUUUGAUGACUCUUUGUGUGUUAGUUAAUUAGGUGUUUAAUUUCUUUGUAAUUAUAAGAAG